AUGUAUACUCUGGAGACACCCUACAAAUAUGAAGAGUGUGACAAGUCCUUUAGUCAAAUGGCAGAUCUUAAAGUACAUAAAAUAAUUCAUACUGAAGAGAAACCUUACAAAUGUGGAGAAUGUGAAGAGUCCUUUAGUAGAAUGGGAGAUCUUUGCAUACAUAAAAGAAUUCAUACUGGAAAGAAUCUCUACAAAUGCAAAGAAUAUGACAAGUCCUUUAGGCCAAUGGCACAUUUAGGCUACAUGAGACAAUUCAUACUGGAGGAAAAACCCUAUAAAUGUGAAAAAUGUGAGAUAUCCUUCAAGGAAAUGUCAAGACUUACAGUACAUAAGCAAAAACAUACUGCAGAGAAACCCUACAAAAGUGAAAAAUAUGACAAAUCCUUUACACGGUUGUCAAGUUUUCAAUUACAUCAGUGA